UGUCAUAGAAACUAAUACAACAAGAUAAACAUUCGAUUGAACAUGGCGCGGGAAACCCAGGAAGAAAUAGAGAUGGAUACUCAAGGAGGAGAAGUGCCCAAAGAGUCAGACAGCGUACAUCCAUCGACUUUAAAACUGUACGAGACACAGUUUUUCGGCUUUACUCCGCAGACCUGUAUGCUCCGGGUCUACAGCGCCUUCCAGGACUGCCUGUACGAUAUUCUGCCCGUCGUAGAAAUGGUGUGUGUCAGGCAGCUCAGCAGAGGCGGGCCGGACGGUUCCGAUGAGCAGCUCCGGACCCGGGCCAGGGAGUGUAGCCGAAAACUGCAGCAGUUCCUCGAUGAGCGAUUCAAGCAGCUGUCUACACGGAUGGAGGCUUUGCUGCUCGACAGAUGUCUCACCGUGCCAUCAAACGUACUUCUGCCCGAGGACCAGUCCCACAAGACCUACCAUCAACACAUACAGGAAGUGCUGAGGCUGGAGUCGUCACAUGCUGACCUCCAGAGCGCCUAUGAAGCAGAGGUCUGUGCCAGACAGGCCCUGCUGGCUGAGCUGGAGGAGCAGAAGGAGGUGCAGAAGCAGCUGGAUGGGGUCCUUACGUGGGUCAAAGAGCUCCAGGCAGCCUGGGUGAAGGAAGGUAACGGCAGCUUCCAGGAAAGUUUUCGGCUGGUGAUGGAGUCCGUAAAGAGACUACAAGAGGCUGUCAAGGAGGUCUGUCACAAGGCACCACAUUAAAUUGAGCUCUGGUUUGUGAGCUUACCAAACAAUAUGACUACAAAGUUUUGUAGUGUGUCUUUUUUUUAAAUUGACAAGAGACUUCAGAAGACAUUGGUUGCCUUUAAGGGGACAAAAAUAUUUCGACUCACUGAAUAUUUAGGUAUUUUUUUCAGUCCAGUCUUUAUAUAUUUUGUUGAUAAUACAUCAGAAAUGAAUUUACGCUUCAAAUAUAACUAAUGUGACAAAAUAUAUACAGAGCUACUGCUUGGAACUCCUAGCUGGUUAUAUUGAGUUUUGUAAUAACUUUUGGCUCUUGUUAGUUAUGAAGACAACCGUGGAAAGAUGACUUAGAAUAAUUCCAACUAUCAUAAUUUAGCCAUGGACAGCUUUUCUAUUUAUGUGUAAAACUUGCCAGCAAAAUCACUUACCUAUCUACCUACCUUUUACAGUGAAAUGUCAAUAAAACAGUAGAUGAAUGGA